CAAGAUGGCGGCCCUCAUUAGACACGUCUUCCAAAGAAGUACCCGUUUUUUACAUGCAAACUCCUCGGUAGCACUGCAGACGAGGUUUAACUCUGGUUUGCUGGUGGAAAGUGGGAAAUACCCUUUCUUACAAGAACUUGGUAUCGAAGCUGAAAAUGCAGGAGCCUUUACGGGGUCGGGAGCAUGGGGUGGAAAAGGGGAGCUGGUGACCUCUUACAGCCCAAUCAAUGGAGAACCAAUUGCAACAGUGAGGCAGGGUACAGUGGCGGAGUACCAUGAAGCAGUGGAGAACUCUAAAGAGGCGUAUUCUUCUUGGGCUGAUAUGCCUGCGCCUUUAAGAGGUGAAAUUGUGCGUCAGAUCGGAGAUGCCCUCAGGAAAAAGAAGUCUGCCAUUGGACAACUUCUGUCUCUUGAGGUUGGGAAGAUCGUUGCUGAGGGUUGUGGUGAGAUUCAAGAGUUUAUCGACGUGUGCGACUUUGCUGUUGGAUUGUCCCGUAUGUUUAGUGGACGUGUCCUUCCAUCUGAACGCCCGGGUCACAUCCUUCUUGAACAGUGGAAUCCCCUUGGACUUACGGGUAUUAUCACUGCCUUCAAUUUCCCAACUGCCGUAUUUGGCUGGAACGCUGCCAUAACCAUGGUUUGUGGCAACACUUGCAUGUGGAAACCUGCCCCAACUACACCCCUCUGUGGAAUUGCUAUCACAAAGGUGAUUCAAUCUGUCCUUGCAGAGAACAAAGUCCAUCCAGCAGUUAUGACCUUAAUGUGUGGUGGAGCAGACAUAGGAGGCGCAAUGGGUCAAGAUGAGUCUGUUCCUAUUGUUUCAUUCACUGGAAGCACUGCUGUUGGGCAGAAGGUUGGGACAAUAGUGCAAGGAAGAUUUGGGCGUUGCAUCCUGGAACUUGGUGGAAACAAUGCAAUCAUUGUACUUGAGGACGCCGACCUUAAUUUAGUAAUCCCAGCCACUUUGUUUGCCAGCGUUGGUACACAGGGACAGCGCUGUACGACCACACGCCGCUUGAUACUGCAUGAGAAGAUAUACGAUGAGGUGUUGGAGAAGUUGAAGAAAGCAUACAGUCAAGUCAGAAUCGGUGACCCUCUAGAUGAAAGUACCCUCUAUGGACCAAUGCAUUCACAACAGGGCAUUGAGGUAUAUGAGAACGCUAUCAAGAAUGCAGUAGCCCAGGGAGGCAAGAUAGAAGCGGGAGGAAAGGUUCUUGACAGACCAGGCAACUACGUGGAGCCCACAAUCAUCAGUGGUCUUUCUCAUGAUGCACCAGUCGUCCAAUCAGAAGCCUUUGCUCCGGUGCUGUACGUUCUCAAGACUAGCAGCUUGGAUGAGGCAAUAUCAUGGAACAACGAGGUAAAGCAAGGCCUUUCAAGUAGCUUGUUCACCAAGAAUCCAGGCAACCUCUUCCGCUGGUUGGGACCCAAGGGCUCUGAUUGCGGUGUGGUGAAUAUCAACAUACCUACCAGCGGUGCGGAAAUCGGUGGUGCAUUUGGUGGUGAGAAACACACAGGCGGAGGUCGUGAAUCUGGCAGCGAUGCGUGGAAACAGUACAUGAGACGCUCAACGUGUACCAUCAACUACGGAGAUGACCUACCGCUCGCUCAAGGCAUCAAGUUCCAGUGAAUUGAGUGAAGUAUUCAGAUCCUAUGAGCAGAGAUCAUCCCGAAGGGAUUUGGGUAAGAUCUGGACUGGUUUAGCGGGGAUUCUGACUGAAGACUCAACUGACCUAAAUCAUGUGGAAGGAAAGAAAUCUUUUUUUUGGUACUGACAGAAACAAUCAUAAUGAAGUAUUGUACUCUUUAGUAAAGCAGUUCAAUAUGUCAUCAUGAAGAAUUAAUGAUAUAAAACAAAGUACACUUUGUCUUCUCUUAUAACAGUUGCCAAUUUAUAAGCUGAUUUGCUAAGCAAGAAUUAUGACAGGAAAUCAGUCGAAGCAAAGUGAAUUACAGGACAAUUUGGCAGUUACUGGUUCAUUAAUCAACAAUGUACAACUUAAGCGAGUUAUUUGGUAUAUUAGUGCCCUGCGUCCUUGACAGACAUGUUCUUAGUUAGGAUUUUCAUGAUUCCCUAAGUUGUCAGAGACCUCACUUCACCCUCAUAUUUCUUAAGAUGCAUGCAAAUUUACCGGCACAAAAUAACUGACCGUAUACUCAAGAGGCUUCAUGGGCAGUCCCAAGCCUUCUCAUGCGUUUGACACCCCUGUUGUGAGACCAGUUUGAGUUUCUUGUCAGAAUUACAAAUAUGUCUAGUUUUAUAUAGGCAAAGGCGUGAAGUGUAACCACUGCACAAUUAGACCAUGUUAUUAUGUAUUCUAAAGAUCUUUCUUGGUGACAUUUUCACACGUUUAGUUCAGUUUUAUUUUAUUUUUUCUGUUCAGUACAAACACAGAAAUAUUUGCACCGUGCUUGUGUUAUUUCAUUGUUUUACUACCUGCUUGAAAUAAUUCUUUGCCGUUUUUAAUUUGCGUAAAAAGUUUUGUUUUUAAGCGACUAUUUUUUCUUUAUCCCUAUAUUUAAAGGAGACUAGAUUUGAUACUACAAAGUUCUGCAGUUCAACUGUGUUAUUCUGAAAUAAUGUUUCUGCAAAUUACAGGAAAGUUUGUCAUCACAUGCGCAUAAAAGAGCUAUAUAUAGCCUAGACUUCCUGCACGUACGAUUUGUACACACAACGGAAGAAAACCUUCAAUAUGAUAUUUUAUGGAGAUUCCACCAUUUUUUUGUAUCAACUUGAUUUGAAUAAAUCUUGGUCAGCUGUUACUUUUGUAACUCUUAAAUUUAUUAUGUUUCCCGCAAUGACAAGUGCAGUAUUUUGCCUGCUAGAAAGGCCCUGAAAGUUACAAGGUCAGCGCUCAUUUUAAAACAAAGGCUGCAUUGUUUAAAUUGUUUAGCAUAAAAGAGAAUACUUUUAUAUAACGAAUAAUAACAGCCGUGAGUUAUUUUUAUUGACUUAAUGAGGUUAAAACCGCAUAAAUUGUGUAAGUAAAUUAGCUGCGAUUUCAUUUAUUGUGUUAGUAUUCAAUUUUAUUUUGUUGUGUUAAAAAGUAUUCUACUAACUAUCAAAAAAGAAAACUACGCUACUUUAAAGAGCUCUGUACAAUGUUGACUUGCAUUCGAUUACGUUUCGCGUUAACGUCUCAAAUAAACAUUCAUGAAUACAAGUUUCCAGUCCUUUGUUUUAUUCAAGUUGUAUAUUCAGUGAAAACAAAAGACUGCUUCCGAA